AGACCCACAUUUGAGAAAAAUUGAAAGGAAGUCACAUAUUGAGGAUAUUUGUUAGUGGUAAGGCAUUAGUUGUUUCCCCCUCUACUGGCCUCUACUCUGUCUGUGUGCAAUGGUGCAGCAGCAGCUUUUCUUGCACCCACUUUAACCCUUCCCAUUGGGGAUUUACAAUUAUAUCAGAGAAGAAGACUCUUCACUGCUUCUCUCUUUCUCUCUCUCUGACUCUGUUUUUCCCGACAUCAACCUCUUCUUUCCCUCUUUUGGUAUAAAUUCCCCAACCCCAUCUCCCUCUUUCUUCUGUCACCAACCAUACCACUCAAUCCCCAUUUCAAAAACUUAAACCCCACCAUUAUCAUUCACUAUUCUCUUUUCCUUCUUCUUCCUUCAUCCUUUUUUGCAGUUCCCUAAAAUGGAGAUGGAGAUUUGCGGCAACUUGAUGGGACACUCCAAUCCCACCAGAGACCACAAUCCCGACGCCGCCACUAAUCUUUCUUGGUCCAAUAAUAAUACCAACAUUUGGGAGCUCAAUUCCGAACCCAUCUCCUCCUCUCCUCACGCCCUUUGGCUCCAACCCCACGAGGCCGACCACCGCCAGUUUCUCUACCCCGGAGAACAUCAGCCCGGCCAUUUCCACCCGGACCCUCACUUGAUGUGCUUGAAGCUCGGCAAGAGGCACUACUUCGAGGACGCCAACGCUCCCUCUGUCGUGGGAGGUUUCUCCGCCGUGGGGAAGAGAGGGAAGGCGUUAUACGCCACCGAUGGAGGGGGUUACGGCCCAGUUCCGAUGACCGUACCACGGUGCCAAGUGGAGGGCUGCCACGUGGCGCUCGUGAAUGCUAAGGACUACCAUCGUAGGCAUAGGGUUUGCGAGAUGCACUCAAAGGCUCCCAAAGUUGUGGUUGUUGGCUUAGAGCAGAGGUUCUGCCAGCAGUGUAGCAGGUUUCAUGUGAUUUCUGAGUUUGAUGAUUCCAAGAGGAGCUGUAGGAGGAGACUAGCAGGCCACAAUGAAAGAAGAAGAAAGAGCUCUCAUGAAUCUGUUGCAGCUAGGAACUCUACCCAAGGGAAUAAAGGAAAGGAAGAAGAAAGAUGAUUUUUUAGUUUCCUUCUGCUUCAACAUCAAACUUUUAAAGUCUGAAAGCGAUAGAAAAGGACUGCUCUUCAUAUUUUUCAAAUUACUUUUUAUGAGCUUUAAAUUGCAGCCUUAAUCCAACACUUCUAAACUUGUGUCUAAACAAAUUUUUUAGUUUUACAAGUUUCAAAAAGUGUUUAUGUGAAAACUUUGGAAGGAAACAAACCAAAUCUUUUAUUUUAGAGUCUUUUUAGUAAUUAUUUAGAGCCCGUGUUCGACCCUGAAGAUGACACUCUGUCCGAUAACUAUUUCGUUUUUUGCUUUUUAGUUUUUGAAAAUUAAAUCUAUUUUCUUUUCAUUUCUUCUUAAUUAUCAUGUUUGAAUUUUUAGCCAAAUCUAAAAGCUAUUUUUUUAGUCUUAAAAAUUGACUUAGUUUUCUAAACUAAAACUAGAUAACAAAAGAAGAAAUUUAGAGAUGAAAAUACUGUCUAUAAACUUAAUUUAUAAGAAACAAAAUGAUUAAUAAACAUGUCUUUAGUCUUUAAUUUUUUGUAAAUUGUGCUUCUUUCUCAGCAUUUUCUUACUCGAAUUUUUAUUUCCAAUGCAAAUAUUUGGAUUUUUUUAUUUUAAAAAAUUCAAAUUUUAGAUUCUGAAAACAUUUUUAAAAUGUAGACUACGUUUAGUAGUGUUUAUAAUAAGAAAAAUAAGCAAAAUCCAAAUGAUACCGAAAGAGGCCUUUAAUAUUUGGGUUUUAUUUUUUGGGUUUGAUUGUUUGUUUUUUUAUUUUUAUUUUUAUUUUUAUUUUUUAGAAAUUUCCUUCGAGUACAAUGGGGCACUCAAAGGGGGGAAAAGAAAGGUUUUAAUGGGAUUAUAACGGAAAUGAAAUUGAUUCUGCCCUUAAAAACGGGGGGGAAAUUGCAGAAAACAAGUCGAUGACAGGUGGAAUUGCAUACACACCAUCCCCGACGGGACGUGCUCUCUCUCUUCUGUCAUCGAAGAACGAUUCAUGGACCAACUCAUCGGAGCUUUCUCUGAGGUCGAGCGCAGCGCUCCGGGAACUGAUA